GAGCUGAGCGGACGUCUCUUAAAACCAGGCGAUUUUCCGCUUGAAACUUUUCAUUUUAAACUCGCGACGAAAGGUUGUGUAAAAAAAAAAUAAGUUUAUAUUUUUUUGUGAAUAGUAUAUAGUACAAAGAUUAUUUUCGGUAUUGUGAUGUGUAAAGUUUUUUGACUUGUGUGGUUUGGUUAUUUGCAAUUAAAUAAUGUGAAAGUAGCCUGUACAUCUGCUGUUGAUUCAGGAAUUCGUCAUGAGGCAUUUUCUGGUAUAGAGCCUGCUCGGCGCGGGUAUGAUGCGGCGGCAUGAUCCGCAUCAUGCUGCUCAUGGCGGUGCUCACCAGGGCCAUCGCUCCGCAGAACAUCAUAGAGUCCGGCGGCACUGAACCCACGACCCCAGCAAUGGAGGGCAGCACGCCACCCCCCACAGUCUUCCGGAACAUGAGGGUCACCUCCAGGCCGAGACGACCCCAACUGAGGGGGAAAGGGGACUCCCCAAUGUUGAACUAUAUCUUUGAUUCGUACGCGACGAACAACAUGCAUUUUCAUGACAAAUUCAAAGCGCCUUCAUUUGAGGGCACAUCAAACGAUACUGUAAUCAACGCUGAUACCGGCUCAACUGUGGUUUUCGAUUGUCGAGUGACGUCACUUAGGGAUAAGACGGUGUCCUGGAUUCGCGUCCUGGAUAACGACAAUUUAAAACUACUAACGUUAGAUUUAGAGACACACACUGCGGAUUCGAGAUAUAGGAUGGACGUAGCUGAUGAAAACUGGAAACUGUCACUAGCAGACGCCAAAGUCCAAGAUUCUGGCAUAUACUGCUGUCACGUCUCCACCCACCCGCCUAUGCUAAGGAGAUUUAAACUUAUUGUGCAUCCACCAGAAAUGAAAAUGAGUAAAGAAGCUUUUCUGGAAACAGGGGAGACCUUGUCGUUAAAAUGCGCCGUGCUUCACUUGUACCCGGGGGAAGUCAGUCCAGAGCUGCACUGGUUUAGAGGCAACAGUACAUCCUCCCUGGAUGAAGUCAGGGGCGGCGUGUUAGUCGAGACUGACCACUUGACCAUGACCAGCCAUCUGCAGGUGGCGCGACUAAAAAUUGAAGACGCCGGUAACUAUACAUGUGUCUUAGAAGCACCUUUGCGAAUGAGAGCCACUGCCAGGGUACACGUGUUACAAGAUCUACUGGUAGAAAUUUCUACAGGAAUAAGGAGUAACUUUGUACUUAGUAUCCUAUUUGGUCAAGCCUAGCCGAACUUCAAAGUGGCGUGAAAACGACUACAAGCUAUAUGAACCUGCUCCUAGCCUCUAUGCUAAUGGUUCUUGGAAAUGAAUAUAACUUGAGGUGACCUAACUAAGUAACGGGUUAGAUACUGAAUAAAUUUAAAUGUGUGAUUUUGUCUGUUACACCAUUUUGCGCUUUCAAUCUAUUUAAUGCCGACUAUACACUAUCGCCAAACUUAGGAGUGUACCGAGCGCACACUAGCGCCACCAUCAUAUUUUUAUCAAUUUCUUUUAAACAGAGUCAAAUUUUAAAAAUCUUGCUCGGACUAGAUAUGCUUCCCUAGAUAAAUGACUGCAUUAAAAAGUAUUGUAGUUUUAUAUUGGACACAGUUGACACAAUCUACUGAACGGAACACGGUGGUCACUGAAGUCCGUUUAGUAAAUUGUGACUAAAAUAGAAAACUAUAUUAAUGUUUAAUUAAGUCCUUUAUAUAGCAUACCAUAAUUUGUCCACGCUCGAUUUUUAAAAUUUGCUUUUAUUGAAAAUAAAUUGAUAGUGGCGCUAGUGUGCGCUCGGUGCAAUGCCGACGCGAUCGAACGUAUAUAGAUGGUGGCCAGAUGGAGAAAGAAUCUUUUUUUUUAAGAUAAUUCACUUUACAAGCAUACUACGAAUGGAUUCUUAUCCACUGCACAGACUUCUGUUUUUUCUCUUAUCCGUCAACCUCGGAUUCAAAUAUAUUGUAUUUUUAAAACUAAUACCUACUAAGCCAGAAUAUGAUCAUAGAGGUUUACAGUACAUUGAACAGUUUGGAUGAGUUUAUUUACCUAAAGAAAAACCAGUAAUGUACGUCGAUACAGCGAAAUUUGGCGAACUGUUUGUCUAUAGUGUUUAGCCGGGGAUAAGGAGCCACAUACGCUAAUACUGGCAUAAUUAUAUUAUUUAGUUAAUUAACAAAAGAAAAUUGUGGUGGCUAGUGUGCGGCUCUCAUAUUGAAUUCAUUGGAUUGGCUAUUCUCCAACUAGUGACAUUUUUUUUCUAAUGUCAAAAACAAAAUUUUAUUUGGAGUUUGUAUGAUCGUAAUAUUGAGAUGUCACAAAUUUUGGAGUCAAAAAGCAUUUUAAUUAUACUUUAAAGAGACCGAAAAAAAAAUUAAAUCUCGUAAUUAAUAAAACUGAUCAAUUAAAUUAUUGACAUUUAAUUAUCGUGUUUGAUAUUUCAAUAUCAUCAUACAUUUUAUAUUUUACCCAGUCGAAGCCAAUUAUUGAAAUUGCAACAAAUUAAAAUAAGUGUGAGAUUAUUUGGAAUUUUAAUCCUCAAGUCCAGAUUUAACCGUAUUAAUGUUUUUUUUUUAAGUAAAAAUGUAAUAUAAUUUUAUCAAAAAAAAAAAAUCGGAUAUCUGACAAAUCGACUCUCAAAUGGUUAUUAAUAAUAUGGUGUAGGAGCAAAAUCGCAUCAUUUUUGUUCGAAGUGAUUUGUAAAAAUGUAUACCUACCUAAAUUAAUUAAAUCUCAAAGUUUGAACGUGUUCACUCAAAUAUUAGUAGUAAUCAAAAUCACACUUUUGCAAUAAUAAUAAUAAAGUACAUUUUUAUUUCUCUUUGUAAUUUUUGGAACGUCGAACGCGAACAUCUUUUUUGUGAAAAAAGUAUUUUUUUAUUAUACCAAGACAAUUUUACACAUUUAUAUCAUUGUUUACAAAAAAAAAUCGCAAGCAUAUACGGUAACAGUCAACUGCACAUCAAACUUUGCAAAUUUAUUGCAAACUCGCCGCUAUUUCCGCGCCAUAAAGGGUUCAUGAAGGGCAAUUUGAUGUGCUGUUGACUGUACCAAGACAAUUGGUUUACGUUUGUUAUUAAUUAGUUUAUAUAUGUACUAUGUACUUCAUACAAUGAAUACAAUAUGGUGAUCCUUCUGGUAAACCCGUCCUAGGAUCUUAAAAUGGACCAUUAGUGAGAAUGUAUAAUAAUAAUUGUAAUAUAUAAAAGUAAUUGUGAAAAAUUAAGUUCAACAACAACAAAUGUUUGCCAGGGAUUGAAUUUCUGGCAUUUUUAGGGUUCCGUAACUCAAUAGGGAAAAUCAACAUCCCAAUCCCUCGUAAAAUCAACAGCGUCUGUCUGUCUUUCCGACAUUCAAACAUAAUUUUUUCUUCGAAACUGCUAGAAAAAUCCGAAAAAUAAGCUUUUUCAAUUGAUAUGUCAUAAAAUAUGUUUUACGUUAUUAGCACCCAAAACAAAAUAGAUUUAUUUAAGUUACUUGGUCAUCUUUGAUGAUAUACUUAUACAUAUAUGUGUACAAAAUUUCAGUGUAAUUAGGGAGAAAUCUAGCUUUGUAAAGGUCGAACAUUCAGACAGACCCAUGAAAAAGAAAAAAAUCCUAAUGUGCCGCAUGUAAUCAUGGUACGGAUCCCUCUUUAAACGAGUCCAACUCACUCUUCAUAGUCGUGUUCCUCAUGGCUGAGGGUCGUGGUCAUUACGUGGAAUGAAACACACACAACAA